UUCUGUCAACAAACAUGCUUGAAACAUUCUGUGGAAUAACAUUUUUUAUUUCAUGUUUGAUAUACACUGAAGGCCAAAGUUAUCCUGAAUUUGGCUUCAUUGAAACAUGCAGUGGAUCAUCGUAUGAUAAAAUUGUCUUCAAUGUUGAUACUGAAGAGGCUGCGUAUUUUGACAUAGAAGAGGGGAAACUAGUUAUCACACUACCUGAUAUUGUAUACACCUUUUUGGAUGCAAAUUCGGAUUAUUUUUUGAAUGAUCUAAACCUCGAUGAUGUUGGAAUAACAGCUCUCUGCACAGAGAUUUACCACAAGACACUCUCUUUUGAUGCAUCUCAAGAAACUGAACCUCUUGAACCCCCCUGGACCUCACUUUACCCCAGAAAUGAUGUCAAGUUAAAUGUCAACAACACUCUGAUCUGUCAUGUGACUGGAUUUUUCCCUCCGCCAGUCAGAGUGUUGUGGACCAAGAACAAUGUGAAUGUGACAGAUGGAUCCACUAUUAGCAGAUAUUACCCUAACAAAGAUGCAACAAUGAAUGUCUUUUCUCGACUGAGCGUCAUUCCUGAAGAAGGAGACAUUUAUAGCUGUUCUGUAGAGCACAAAGCUCUUCAACAACCUCAGACCAGAACAUGGGAUGUGGAGGUAAAGCAGCCCAGCAUUGGUCCAUCAGUGUUCUGUGGAGUUGGUCUUGCUCUUGGGCUGCUGGGUUUUGCCACUGGAGUCAUUUUUAUUGCCAAAGGCAAAAAAUGGAUAUAAUUAUACAUUAGUCAACAUUAGAGAUGCAAAACCAUUAAUCAAAGUUGUCCUAAAACUAUUGAA